AUGUCUCUCAUCGGACACCACGGCGGCCUUCAAAUCGGCAAGGCUGAACGGCCCGGUCCCUCAUUGGGCAAGAAGAUCAACAAGGAUCAGCUCAAGUCUGACAAGUCCUCAUCUUCUUUCGGACAGAUGAUUGGCGGCAUCCUCCACAGCCAGCGCCGGGAUGAGGACCGAAGCGAAACUGCUUCCCUCUCCUCGGUUGCUACAGAAAAGAGAGCCUUAUUAGGGGAGAAGAAGAGCAGCAGCUCAUCCAGGCAAACACCAAAGCUUCCCAACCCUAACGAGACUCUGAUGCCUCAAUCUACAGUCUUAUCACAACUUUUUGUUCAAGUGUAA